UCACAUUCCCAAUCCCUACACCCUCUCCCUCCACUUCAUUUUCCCAAAUCCCUCUCCUUUUUCUCUCUCCUGGUCUCUCCUGGUUUAUCAGAAAUUUUAGCUGAUAAACCACCUCACAUUGCCUUCUUCUUGUGUUUUUACAGCUUCAAAGCAAAGAAAAAGCUUCCAUCUUUUUACCGUUUUACUGCUGGCAUGGAGAAAUUUGUGAGGGUAAUUUCCAUGGCUCCUCUGCUUCUGCUGCUCUGUUUGCCUUUUGCUUUGGCCGGCCAUGACUACGGGCAGGCUCUGAGCAAGAGCAUUCUGUUCUUUGAAGCUCAGAGAUCUGGGUUUCUUCCCCGCAACCAGAGAGUCACUUGGAGAUCCAAUUCUGGCUUGUAUGAUGGCAAGGCCAAUGGGGUUGAUCUGGUGGGAGGGUACUAUGAUGCAGGUGACAAUGUGAAGUUUGGGCUUCCCAUGGCCUUCACAGUCACAAUGAUGUCCUGGAGUAUAAUCGAGUACGGCAAGCAAAUGGCCGCAAGCGGUGAGCUCGGCCAUGCCAUGGAGGCCGUCAAAUGGGGCACUGACUACUUCAUCAAAGCUCAUCCUGAACCCAAUGUCCUCUACGGAGAGGUGGGAGAUGGGAACACUGACCAUUACUGUUGGCAAAGACCGGAGGAUAUGACCACUAACCGCCGGGCAUACAAGAUCAGCCCCAGCAAUCCCGGGUCCGAUCUUGCCGGAGAAACUGCCGCCGCUAUGGCGGCUGCUUCCAUUGUCUUCCGCCGCUCCAACCCCACAUACUCCCGUGAACUCCUCCGCCACGCCUAUCAGCUGUUUGAUUUUGCGGACAAGUACAGGGGGAAAUAUGACAGCAGCAUCAACGUGGCCCAAAAGUACUACCGGUCCAUCAGUGGCUACAAUGAUGAGUUGCUAUGGGCUGCUGCUUGGUUGUUCCAGGCAAGUAACAACCAGUACUACUUGGACUACCUCGGAAACAAUGGUGAUUCCCUGGGAGGAACCGGUUGGGGAAUGACCGAGUUCAGUUGGGAUGUCAAGUAUUCCGGGGUCCAAACCCUUGUUGCCAAGUUUUUAAUGCAAGGCAAAGCUGGUCGUCAUACAGCAGUCUUUGAGAAGUACCAACAGAAGGCUGAGUACUUCAUGUGUUCAUGCGUUGGUAAGGGCAGCCGGAAUGCACAGAAGACUCCCGGUGGCCUAAUUUACCGCCAGAGGUGGAAUAACAUGCAGUUUGUCACCAGUUCCUCCUUCUUGAUCACCGUCUACUCCGACUAUCUCACAUCUUCCAGGAGAACAUUAAAAUGUGCUUCUGGCAAUGUGGCACCCAAUGAGCUUCUAUCUUUCGCCAAAUCUCAGGUGGAUUACAUUCUAGGAGACAACCCAAGAGCCACCAGUUACAUGGUGGGAUACGGAAACAACUACCCUCAACAAGUUCACCACAGGGCUUCCUCAAUUGUUUCCUACAAGAAGGACUCAUCAUUUGUGAGCUGCAGGGGAGGCUAUGCCACUUGGUUUAGCCGGAAAGCUAGUGACCCCAAUCUGCUUACUGGCGCUAUUGUUGGUGGACCUGAUGCCUACGACAACUUUGCUGAUCAGAGAGACAACUAUGAGCAGACAGAGCCUGCUACUUACAACAAUGCUCCUCUUCUCGGUAUAUUGGCACGCCUACAUGCCGGCCAUGGCGGGUAUAACCAGCUCCUACCAGUGGUUCCCACUCAACCGAAAUCAGCUGCACUGCCUAAACCAAAAGCAGCUCCAGAGCCUAAAGUUACUCCAGCUACUCCAGCUCCAUCGUCGAGCCCAAUUGCAAUAUCGCAGAGGAAAACUACUUCUUGGACUUCCAAGGGAGUGACUUACUACAGAUAUUCCGCAAUUGUGACCAACAAGUCUGCCAAGACGCUUACGAACCUCAAGCUUUCUGUCUCCAAACUUUACGGUCCUAUUUGGGGCCUCGCAAAGGCCGGAAAUUCCUAUGUUUUCCCAUCGUGGAUCAACUCUUUACCGGCGGGAAAGAGCAUGGAGUUUGUCUACAUCCAUUCUGCUUCUCCAGCAAAUGUCUUAGUCUCAAGCUACUCAUUGGCAUAAGAAAGGAAAAAAGCUCGUCAAAACAAAGGGGAGAGGCUCACACAGUUUCUGGUAUCGGAAUGUAAGAAUUGUGCAGCUAUCCGGAUGCAGACCAGAAGACAAGUCCUUUUUUUUUUCUUUGCAAAUAGUACUUAUGAUUGAGAUCUGCAUAGGCGUUUUAGAAGAACGUAGGUCAAAAAAUAAGUACGGAAAUUGGGGAAGAAAGGAGUGACGAGACGGGUUUAAAAUGAGUGCUCGUCCUCUUUCACCUCAACUUUCAGUAGGGUUAUUAUAUAUUGGUUUUGGGAGAGAGGAACAGUUAAAAAGUAAGUGUGAGAGUUUGAGGGGGGUGAAAAAAAUGACUUCUCUCAACUGGUUUCAAGAAGUCUUUUUUCUUUGUGCUUCAAAGCAGCUUUGGAUGUCCUUUUCCUUUUUACUUUUUUUGUGUUGUGAAUGUUGUAAGCUUUGCAACAUUGUUAUCUUCGAAUGGAAUAUAGUUUGUGCAGAUUGCAUUGUGUCUA